CUCCACAGCAAUCACCUGGGCAUUUUAUGUUUGCCUCUUUUAAUGGAAGAGAACAAAAAAAACCUUGCAGCAUACCAGUGAACUAAACAGGAACUGACCAUAGGGGAGAAUCUGAUGCAAACUUACAGACUGUUUGGACUCUGUGACAUAGAUCAUUAAGGUAAAUGUGAUGAUGAUCAGAAACUGCAUCUGUGAGAGAGUAAACCAGCAUUUCUGAGUUUGAAACCUUAUUUUGUAUCAGCAGCCAAAGUGUUCUGAACUGCUGCCUGCCUCAGUGCUGGCUUAUUUUUCUUUUCUUCCCAAGCUGAAAAGCCAAAGAAGGUUUUCAAAGGAAUGCAAAAAGGAACAGGAGUUUUAAAAGCAGGAAGCUGAAAGGGGCUCUCCAUAAGAUGAAUUUCACCCAGCACCGUGGGACACUCCAGCAUCUCCAUUUCUGGAACCACAGCUACGGACUGCACGGAGGUGCCAGCGAGCCCAAUGCAAAGGGCCACUCCUCGGGCGGCUGCUACGAGCAACUCUUUGUAUCUCCUGAAGUGUUUGUGACUCUGGGCAUCAUCAGCUUGCUGGAGAACGUCUUGGUCAUUGUGGCGAUAGCCAAGAACAAGAACCUCCAUUCACCCAUGUACUUCUUCAUCUGUAGCUUGGCAGUGGCUGACAUGCUAGUGAGUGUAUCUAAUGGAUCAGAAACUAUUGUCAUCACGCUGCUAAACAAUACAGAUACAGAUGCACAGAGCUUUACCAUAAACAUUGACAAUGUCAUUGACUCAGUGAUUUGCAGUUCCUUGCUUGCAUCAAUUUGCAGUCUCCUUUCAAUAGCAGUGGACAGGUACUUUACUAUCUUUUAUGCCCUCCAGUACCAUAAUAUCAUGACGGUGAAGCGCGUAGGGAUCAUCAUCACAUGCAUCUGGGCUGCUUGCACAGUCUCAGGCAUUUUGUUCAUCAUUUACUCUGACAGCAGUGUUGUCAUCAUCUGCCUUAUUAGCAUGUUCUUCACUAUGCUCAUUCUCAUGGCAUCCCUCUAUGUCCACAUGUUCAUGAUGGCUCGGAUGCAUAUCAAAAAGAUUGCUGUUCUUCCAGGGACUGGCCCUAUUCGUCAAGGGGCCAACAUGAAAGGGGCCAUCACUCUCACCAUCCUGAUUGGAGUUUUUGUUGUGUGCUGGGCUCCAUUUUUCCUGCACCUGAUUUUCUACAUCUCCUGCCCCUACAACCCUUACUGUGUGUGUUUCAUGUCCCACUUUAACUUCUACCUCAUCCUCAUCAUGUGCAAUUCCAUCAUUGAUCCACUCAUCUAUGCAUUCCGGAGUCAGGAGCUCAGGAAAACAUUCAAGGAGAUUAUAUGCUGCUGUAGCCUGAGAGGGCUUUGUGAUCUGCCUGGCAAAUAUUAA